AAAUUUUCAGACUUGCUACCGCAUACCAUUUUUGAGUUAUCCAUGAAACCAUUUGAUCAGUGGGACGUUGUCUAAAGUAGCUUCGUUCGAAAUUUACGAUGCAGCUUUAUCAUAAACUCCGUGCUGGUGAUAGCAAAGAGAUCCGACUUGUUCACCUGGAAGACAUCGACAAGGAGACCAACGAGGUGAUAUGUCGCCUCGAAACCGUGGAGUUCAAUAAGGAUCUGCAGUAUCGCGCCCUAUCGUACUACUGGGGAGAUCCGACCAACUCGCCCUCGAUCAUCUGUGAUGGGUCCCGGCUCAAGGCCACUCCAAAUUUGGAUUCCGCCUUACGAUGUUUAUUACGAAAGGGCAAGUCGAGCAACUUGCCCCUAAGCUUCUGGGUCGACGCUAUCUGUAUCAACCAAGAAGACAAUGAUGAGAAAGAGGUGCAAGUCCGGCUGAUGGGAGAUAUAUAUCGGCAGGCAUCCGAGGUCAUUGUAUGGCUUGGCGCUGCUGCUGAUAACAGUGACUUGGCUUUCCAGGUUUGCGAGAGGCUAUGCUCGCGAGAGCUUGAACUUGAAAAGACUCAGAAGAAGGAGGGCUGGGGUCGCAAAUUUGUUCUAUACGAUCACGUUUUCUUUGCAGAAGGAUCGCGUAUGUUCAACCCAAACGGAGUUCACAAGUUCGCCAGAGAACUUGACUCUAUCCAAGCUAUCCUCGCGCGACCCUGGUGGUCCAGGAUCUGGAUAAUACAGGAAGUCGCUUUGGCCAAGCAAGUGGUUGUAUUUUGCGGAGAUUCAGUAAUCAAUUGGAUUACUCUUGAUAUAGGUAUCACCGCAUGUAUGAAGAUAAAGUGGUCAGAUCAGUUUGUGCAAUUAGCGACACUUUAUCACGCACAUGUGCUAUUUGAAGCUCGAAGAAUGGCCAUGCAUGAUCCCGAACUCAAAGGGAAAGGAAAAACCCAGUAUCAUCUUUGCCACCUUCUCGGCCAAUUCAGGUGGUCCAUGGCAACCAACCCGCGCGAUAAGGUAUACGGCUUGCUUGGUAUGACCACUGAGCACUUGUCUCAUGUGAGCUAUAAUGACAACACCGAGGAUUGCUACCGCGCGGCAAUCAUCGAUGUUAUCAAGUCAACCGGAUCACUGGACAUCCUUCAGCUCUGUCGAAAGCCUCCUGGUUUAGAGACCGCCUACAACGCCGAUACGCCAAAGCUUCCAUCAUGGCUUCCAGAUUUGAGGCUGGACGUAAGGAAUGUUGACCCUGCAAUUGAGCUAUCUGGUAUCAGGCCAAUCGGUCUGCAAUCGUUCCCCGCUAUUGAACAGGUAAUGCUAGAGAUACCCAGACUACGAAACAUAGUGUUUCGCGCAAGUAAUGGGAGCGUUGAGAACGACCCUUGCUUGCAAGGUGCUGAUAUUUUGGUCCUGAAAGGGCAAAUUUUUGACAAGAUCAUGACGUUAGGUGAGAUGCAGACUGGCGCAGAAGCACAACGCAACGAACGAACCAAUGAGACGUGGAACUAUGUCCGCGAAGUACGAGCCAGGACACACACCCCUGCGAAGUUCUUCAAGGCGGUUACAACCAGUUUGAGUGGCUGGUCGCAAGACGUGCACCAGAUUGGAGCCGAGAAACUGCUUUUGACGCGAUGGAGGCAACUGGCUUCAUCAAGAGGAACUGAGUAUCCGACUGGGGAGUCCUUGAAUCAAGCCUUCUUCAGUACAUUACUGCAAGGAAAUCUUGGAAAUGACCCUGAACAAAGGAUAGCACAGUACGAGGCUGAAUGGAAUCGAGUUCUGGGCAGUGUGGAUGCCAUCAACCAAUCCUUUCUGUUGAAAAAUGCCGCAAAGGAAAGCAAGGUUCGCCAGAGCAUAGCUACCAUGGUCCAUUUCACCUCGACAUUCCUCAAAGACGAACAAAUCCAGCUGGAGGGAGACGCUAUCUAUACACAUUUUACAUUGACGGAGCUGGGAUACUUCGCACUUAUGCCACCUGGAGCACGUGAAGGAGACUCGAUCGUGCUCUUCAGAGGCGGACCAGUUCCAUUUCUCAUCCGUCAGAGAGUGCAUGAUAAAGAUGACCCAUUGUGGGAGUUGAUAGGUCCAUGCUAUGUACAUGGCAUUAUGCAAGGAGAGCAGUGGAAAGAGGAGGCAUGCGAGUCGAUUAAGCUGGUUUAAUCUCCAAUUUGACUCGCGCCCAUUUCCAUACUAAGCCAGGUAUAUAGCACGUUAAGGGGAAUGCGAGAGAUAUGAAAUUUAGGUUAUCCUUCUGAAUCGAGCAUACGGAUCCGUAUAUCACAUGAGAC